AUGCCGUCCAACGAGAGUCAACCACAAGCAGGCAAUAAUGCCGUACUUCGCAACAUCAAUCCCAGCUACACAGGCUUCGACCACAUUAGAUGGUAUGUCGGGAAUGCCCGCCAAGCAGCGACCUACUUCGUCGCCCAAUUUGGCUUCAACAUCGUUGCCUACCGCGGACCAGAAACGGGCUCCCACCUAAGCUGUUCGUACGUUGUCACCAACGGAAACGCCCGAUUCGUUUUCACAGCCCCCAUUACCUCCCCCAACAACACCUGGGACAAGCGGGCCUCAGGCGCAGACCGCCAGCAACUGGAUGAGAUCCAUGCACACCUCACCAAACACGGCGAUGGUGUCAAAGACAUCGCGUUCGCGGUAGACGACGUCACUGGCGUCUGGGAACACGCCGUCCAGCACGGUGCCAUCUCCAUCCAAGAACCAAAACUCCUCAAAGACCAAAGCGGCGAGGUCCGUUCCGCCACGAUCCAGACCUACGGCGACACAGCACAUACGCUGAUCAACAGAUCCGCGUACCAAGGGAUCUUCCUCCCCGGAUACCAAGCCGUAUCUGGCCAGGAUCGACUGAACGAUCUUCUUCCCGAGAUUGACGUGAUCGAAAUCGACCACUGUGUGGGCAAUCAAGGCUGGGAUGGCCUAGACAGUAUCGUGAAGUACUACGAAGACGCCCUAAACUUCCACCGCUACUGGACCGUCGACGACAAAGACAUGUGCUCCGAAUACUCAGCAAUGCGCUCCAUCGUGAUGGCCUCCCCCAACGAAGUCAUAAAAAUGCCCAUGAACGAGCCCGCCACCGGUCUCAAAAAGUCCCAGAUAGAAGAAUUCGUAGAAUACUACAACGGCCCCGGCUGCCAACACAUCGCCUUCCGAACCCCCAACAUCCUGCAAGCCGUCGAAAACCUCACCACCCGCGGCGUAACCUUCCUCUCCGUCCCCGAAACCUACUACGCCAACAUGCGCACGCGCCUCGCAUCUGCAAACAUAACCCUAGCCGAAGACAUCAAUCUGCUUCAGAAAUACAACAUCCUGAUUGAUUUCGAUGAGGGUGGCUACUUACUCCAGAUCUUCACUAAGCAUGUGGUUGAUCGACCAACUGUAUUCUUGGAGAUUAUUCAAAGAGAGAAUUUUGACGGUUUCGGGGCUGGGAAUUUUAAGAGUCUUUUCGAGGCGUUUGAGAGGGAUCAGGAGAUGAGGGGGAAUUUGUAG